AUGGUGGGAGGCAUAGAAAGAUUAAUUGCGGCGGCAUUUCCACUUUAUUAUUAUCGCAAGAAGAAUAGCAUUUUGCGCAAAUUAAUACUUCUUGAAUACAUUAUAUCGUUAUCACCUCUUAUAACUGCUAUUAAUAUAACAUUUCAACAACCUGACCGCCAUGUCCAUGAUAUCUGCUUAAAGCAUGAAAUUUUUCAACGAGGAGUAUACGUAAUAAUUUUAUUAACUCGAUCACUUUCUGCUGCAGCAAGUUUAAUCAUUAUGGCUGCCGUUGUUAUAAUAAUGAAAAGAUAUACACAGAAGCUUACAGAACGUCGAAAUGUUCAGCGAAAUAUGGAGAUAUUUAUUGAAAAACAGAAACAAUACACAUCAACUUCUGUCAUUUCGUGUAUAAUUACAUUUUCUGAUGUUCGCACAGCUGUUUUUGAUACAUUUAAGAAAAUUUGCAAGCGAAAUAACACCGAAAUGAAUAUGAUCAAGGGAACUAGUGUUCAUUUGUAUUGUGUACGGCGACAAGCUCAGUUACGUGUCCCCGCAAAAGGACUAAAUCGGAAUAUCACCACAGAAUGA